AUGGGCUCCUCCUUUUCAAAUGUUAUAAACCAUGGGAUAGAAUGUGAUUUACUGGAUGAACUGAGAGAGAAUACUCGACAAUUUUUUAAGCUUCCGGUGGAAGAAAAACAGAAUUAUGCUAGGGGACCGAAUGAAAUUGAAGGAUACGGGAAUGAUAUGGUUCUUUACCAGAAUCAGACUCUGGAUUGGACUGACAGGAUUUACCUUUUAGUUCAUCCCGAAGAUAAUAGAAAGCUCCAUUAUUGGCCUCGAAAUCCCAAAUCUUUUAGGGCACUGGGUUUAUCUGAGGACAGUUUUCUUAACCAAUACGGAGAUAAACCAACAAUGUAUACGAGAUUCAACUUCUAUCCGUCAUGCCCGAAACCUGAUCUGGUUCAGGGUUUGAAGCCACAUUCGGAUGGGUCAGCAAUUACGAUUCUUCUGCCAGACGAAGAAGUUGAAGGGCUUCAAUUCCUGAUAGAUGAUCAGUGGGUUCGGAUCCGGAUCAACCCUCACGCUCUUCUAGUUAACGUCGGUAAUCAGAUGGAGAUGAUGAGCACUGGGAUUUUGAAGAGCCCGAUUCACAGGGUUACCACCAACACUGAUAAAGAAAGGAUCUCAGUGGCAAUGUUCUGCGCACCGGGAACGGCAGAAGACGUUGGACCAGUAGAGGAGUUGAUAAAUGACACAAGGCCUAGGUUGUACAAGACAGUUAAAGACUAUCCUGCGAUUUACUUCAAGUACUACCAGCUGGGAAAGAGACCAAUUGAAGCUGUUAAACUGUACUAA